AACCGGAACUAAGCCACUAAAAAGAUGAAUUUGGGAAUUAAAGCCAAAUAAGAACGCACUCUUCAUAGUUCCGAAACAGAAGAGUUUUCUACUUCCCGAGGCUAAGUAAAGACAACCAAGAUGAAUCAAUUUCCAGACGAAGUUCACAACCGGACUAUGAGGGAUUUCUUGGAACUCUACAACAAGCUCACACAUCAUUGCUUUGACGCAUGUGUCAAAAAUUUCAACUACCGAGAUUUGACUACAGAGGAGGUGCAGUGUGUGAACUGUUGCUCUGACAAGUAUAUUGGUUUCAAUCAAAGGCAUAUGCUUAUCUUUAUGGACUAUCAAAACAAAAAACAGAAAAUUGCAGCAGCAGCAGCAGCAGCGGUAGCUGAUGUGCAAGGGGGAACAACACCUAUACCAGCAGAGUCAGCUGCUGCUCAGCUUUCAAGUGCCUCAGACUUGACAUCUGUUGCAGACAAGAUGCUAAAGCAGGAUUCAGUGACAUCAACCACAACCACAGAAUAGUUAAUAUAAGUAAUUACUAGGAUUAGAAAUAAAGUGUUUAGAAAUACA